GCUUGCUCGAGGUCAAUUGCUAUCCACUCGAGCGUAUUCGGCGCUGAGACAGGCGCAAUAAUCGCACUUUGAUUGUAAUUGUGCGGCUACAAGGUACCGUGAUGUUCAUGCUCAAGAUUCCUGAGUGAUCGGCAUUGCUUUGCAGCAUCUUCAGCUGUCAUUGGUCUGCAUUGUGCACGGCAUUCCUGCACCCUGCGCUAGCUCCCCUGAGUUAAUCUUGCACUCAAUCUGCGCUUCUCCUUCACUACCGAGCUUCAAAACAUUCCCUUGCCGCUCUCUUAGGCACAUUUUCCCCUCUUUGCCUUUCUCCUUGCGGGAGUCCACUCAUUCACCAACACGUCAUUCCUUUUUGCUGCUGCGACUGCGCGUCUGGUCUACGCGCAACACACUCCUUCCAACUUCGACAUUCGAUCGACUCUACAAAUACACCGGCACAAUGAAGUCGUUCACACUUCCCAUGGUCGCACUCCUUGCGAGCGUACUUCCAACAUCAUGGGCGCAGACCCACACCGCCUGCAACCCGCUCAACACGACUGGAUGUCCUAACAUGGAAGCUCUCGGCGGCAAUGCGACCUUCUACUGGAACAAGACGGGCAUCCUCACCGGCGGCAAGAUCUGGGAGAAGCAGAACCAAGGCACCAUCGACUGGAGCGAGGAUGCCAAGGGAGCAACAUUCACCAUUGAGCGCUCAGGCGACUCGCCCAUGGUGCAGUCCAAGUUCUAUAUGCUUUUUGGUCGCUUUGAGGUUAUCAUGAAGGCGGCCAAGGGCAAGGGCAUUGUCUCGUCCGCCAUCUUGCAGUCUGAGGCCCUCGACGAGGUCGAUUGGGAGUUCCUCGGCACCAACACCACACAUGUGCUGACCAACUACUUCGGCAAGGGCAACACCACAUCCUUCGACCGCGGGAAGGAGUACGGGAUGGCACCUCCUCAGGACGAGUUCCACAACUACACGAUCGACUGGACUAAGGACCGCAUCCAAUGGUGGCUCGAUGGCAAGAUGCUCCGCGAGCUCGUUCCUGCCGACGCCCUCAACGGCAAGAACUACCCGCAGACGCCAAUGAACAUCCGCAUGGGCGUCUGGGCUGGUGGUGACGUCGCCAACAACGAUCCUGGUGUCGUGGAGUGGGCUGGGGGUGAGACUGACUUCAAGGAGGGCCCCUUCACCAUGGCGGUGCAGACCAUCUACGCAAAGGAUUACACACAGGGCGCCGAGUACAGCUGGGAAGAUAUGGACUCCAGCGGUUCGUGGGAGAAGGUCAAAGUCAUCAAUCCCACCAGCAAGUCCGAAAUCCUCAAGGAAAUCCAAGACCCAUCCGGUAUCCGCAACAACUGGAAAGCGCUGUCCGCCGGUGCUAAGAGCGGCAUCAUUAUUGGCGCUCUCGCCGUCCUUGGUAUCCUCGUCUGCCUCCUAAUCUUCUGCUGCAUCAAGCAGCGCCGCGCGGGCAAGCGGGAGCACGCUGCGCUGCUGGCGGGCGAGCAGAAGGAGGCUGCUGAGCUCCAGGAAUACAAGAAGCAAAUGCAGGGCGGCAAGUUUGGGUUCGGGAGCCACACCAACCGCGUCUAAACAACGUUCAGGGUGAUGGUACCUCGUUGGUGCACCUUAGGCUUGACAAUCCAUCUUUGUCGAAGGUGUUGCCAAUCAUAUCGGAUCUUUGUUUCAGUAGCCGGCCAACGCCAUGGUGGGAAUAUUGGCGCAGGCGUGCGUAGAUGUUCAUGUCACU